AUGGUAGGGACUGUCCGAAUGAAGCAGCGUGAAGGCCUAGAUGCACCAGGUCAUUUGAUGUCUUCCAUUGUUGGCUUGAACGAUGGUGCGGAUGAACAGAACAAGUGGGUGCGUGUGUUGAAGGAUGUGGAGGAGGUCUGUGUGAGACAGGGUGGGCGGCGAAGGAGCGAUGCUGCCGAUGUGCUUCGCAACCGCAUCAACAAUGAAAUGCCGGCCCCGGAUGCAUCUGUUCCUGGUGAACUUUUGGGUCGUGAAGGAGCCCAAGAGAGGCGAACACUUCAGAAAAUUCGGAGAAUUCAGAAGAUUGCCCGUGGCACGGCUGAAAAUGAGCGCAAUGUGGAAUCAGCUAUGUUCCAAGUUAAACCUUCCAAGUUGGUUGUUCCGACCAGAGACGAACCGCUGUCGAUGUUUGAUCCGGCCACCUGGGGCAUGUCGUUUCCGGAUUUGUUUCCAUGGGGUGAUGGCUUGCCUUUUUUGAAGCGUGAAGCCAACAUGGAUGCAACAGAAGUGUUUCGAUAUUUGUUGCUUCGGGAAGAACUGCAUUACAGUGAGGGUGAUGCCUUGUUGCCAAGAUGGUCGCUUUCAGAGACGUUGCUUCCAGUGAUGUACGACGUGCAGCGUCGAUUACAGUUGAUGCGUGCGACGAAAGCGCAUGUGAUGCGUCGUGGCUUUGGCAAACAUUGUCGUGUUAUUUCUGAAGUCAACACGGACCAAUUGCUCAAGGCAAUGGCAUUGCAUGGAGACAAUGCGGACCUCAGGGAGUUGCUGCGAGAUCCGCAGGUGGAUGUGGCCUUGAAGCGAGCAUUGGGAGGAGUGCUUCAGGCAACUUCGAGCAUCAUUGGCAUGGAAGGGCACCGCAGCCAGAUCCGGUUGCGUGGACAUGCGGCUGGGUGGCAUUAUGGUUCUGCGCAUCUGUUCGUCACGCCCAACAUCGCAGAUAUGCGCUCGUCCUUGCUACUUCAAUUGCACCUGCAGAAUGUCAAAGUGGAAGAGUGCAAAAUUGAUUUGGACUGGGAGGCGGAGAUGCCCGAAUUGCCCAGCGCAGCUGCUAUGCGACGGAUUGUCGCGAGCGAUCCCGUCGCUCAAGCGCGUUGCUUUGCCUUGAUGAUGGAUUUGUUCUGUGAGGAAGUGUUGGGCAUUCUUCCACCUUUGACCAAGGGAAGUUUUCGUGUUGGCGUGGCAGCAACCUUCGAAGAUGGCAUUGCGAGUUCCCUGCAAGGAGGUGUUUUCGGUGAUAUUGUGGCGUUGAACGGCCCGUUGGAGACUCAGGGUCGUGGUUCUUUGCACCCCCACAUGCUUAUUAUCUUGCUGGGACACGACCUGGGAGAUCGCUUUCGUCGUGUUUUGGAGGCUGUGCAGCGUUUUCAGUAUGAUUCUCAAUUGGCCUUGUCGGAGCAGUUGAGCAGUCCGACACAGCCACUGCCUCUGAAUGAACGUCAGCGAUCAGAAUGUGGUCACCAGUAUGAAUCCGCGCCUUUGGUGCCUACGGAGCCGGAUGGACACGAAUUGGAAGCCUUGAAGUUGGGCGGAUCCGUGGCUGGCAAGGUUUUGACAUUGACCGGAUGCUAUGCUUCUUUGCGACCCAAGAAAGCCGUGAAAGGCAAACGUGGGUGUCGCUUUGGUUGCUUUCACGUUGAAAUGAUUCUGGGCAAGGAGGACAAGCCGAAAGUGUUAUGUCGGAAAGGUUGGCCUCGAGUUGCGAAAGCAGGUUUUUCUCGGUUGCAAUAUGAGACGGUAGAUUUGAAGGAGGUUGAAGAGUUCAAAAACGAAAACCCGCAUGUGUUUCAAGCUCGGCGUGAUCACCCUUUUGAAGGGAUGUCGAAUCCGGUGGCGCAAGCAGUGAUGCGAUGCAAUGUGGAUGUCAAGUACAUUGGACGCAAUUUUUCAGAAGCAGACCUUUUGAAGUUUUGUGAUGGGAGCAUAGACCAGGAGCCUGGAGUCGAAGUUCCUGCUUCUGCAUCUUCUCUGUUGGAACUGUCCGGGAGUGGAUUGCAGGAGAUGGAACUUCAACGCCCGGCGUUUGGUUCGUCUUCGGAUGCUAUAUCGGGUGCUGAUGCCUCACAUGCAGAGCAACCUGUGUCGACUGAGUUGGAUGCUUCGGAUCCGCCGCCGAAGAAGCAAUGCAUGGGUCGUGUUUUGGACACGGAGCAUAAGAAGAUGCAGACGAUGAGAAAGGCGCUUGAUCGCAUUCUGGUGGACCUUGCAAGAGAUAUGAUGAAUGUUGGUUUUUACACUGGUGAGUAUGCUGCAAAGAAGUUUGAAAUUUCGCAGAGUAUGUUACCUGAAUUGUAUGCAGGAGUGCAGCGAUUGGAAGAGGAGGAAAGGGAAAGGGCAAAGGAAGCUGCAGCGGGCUCCGAGCAGGAGCCCCUGGAGGGGGACAGGGACCCUACUAUGACAGGGCAACAGAGGCGUGCAUUGACGAUUUUGAGAAGACUUGCCUUUGGAAUGAAUCGUUGUGUGGCCAAAUCCAACGGUGAAAUGGCGUAUCAGAUGUUAUUCGAGCAGGAGCAACUGGUGACGUAUCGUGGCUACAACAUGUUCUUCCGCUAUGUGCCGUAUGCAAUCAUGCGUUGCAGACAUGAGGACAUGGAGGAGGUUUUGCAAGCUAGGCCGCAUCUCAAUGGCUCGCCCUUGGAUGUGCUUCCUGACCCCGAAGGAGAGGCACCAGUGGUGGUGGAUGAGUUUGCGGAGGUUGUUGAUGAGGGAGGUGAUGUGCCUAGAGUCUAG